AUGUAGAUGUCGACAUUGAAGAUGAUUGUGUUGAUGAACUUUGUGGGAUUUGGCGCGAUUGUCGUGUUAACUCAUGUCAUAUUUGAAGAUGAAAAACAACGUAUCAAGCUUCUUGGAUGGAUUUGUGUAGUUUUUGCCACUAGUGUUUUUGCAGCCCCUUUAAGCAUUAUUAGGGUUGUUAUUCGCACCAAAAGUGUAGAGUUCCUUCCGUUUCCUCUUUCACUUCUCCUCCUCAUCAGCGCCAUUAUGUGGCUUUUGUAUGGUCUUUCCCUCGAAGAUAUUUAUGUUACCCUCCCGAACGUUGUGGGGUUAACCUUUGGAAUAGUUCAGAUCACACUGUAUGCAAUUUACAGAAACAGUACACCAGUAAAUAAUGAUCAGUUACCAGAAUACAAAGAUGAUGUUAUCAACGAUGAAUUAGAAACAAGCAAUUUAUAUACCAAUCAUGGAUGCUAUUAG